AUGGUAGCCGCGCGGCGCCAAUCACGAAAGUCGACAAGUGGAGGCCCUACUACCUUACCGGCGCGAAUACACAGAGUCGUUGCCAAGCGACUCGAGCCGCAUACUAACUCUCUUCGACCAACACCAGCCAAAGUUACCGCCGCGAGGUCCAAGUGGGGCGAAUAUUUUAGUGCUUUGAGGGACAGUACGCGCGGAAAACGGACACGGCCUGCGGCUCCAUCACCGGACCUCACAAAUGCGAAGCCAGCGGUCUUGGCCGCGAAUGCUUCGGAGCAUGCUGCUACAGCGCAAACGCUCGACAGGCAGGAUUCCGUCAUACUAGCAAGAGCCGAUGAGGUCCUACAAUCAAUCACACAAGGGCAUAAGUCUGCUGAUCUGACGCCGGACGUAUCGAAAGAGCAACCAGCCGUGCCGGACAAGAAUACUCCAGCGAAGCCUAUCGUUGUCGAAGACGAAUACGAGUCCGAAUCUGAUUCUGCUUCAUGCGAGUCUUGGAGGAUCAAUCCUUACUGUGAACAUCGCAGGAUCAAGGUUGUGGAGCUGCUAGUGUAUAAGGACCGGCACAGGUUGGCCCACCUCUUCCGCCCGACUGCGGCGGUCCGCAGUCAAGGCACGAAGGUUGCAGAUGAGGACUUUCGUUUCACCUCGUCAGGCCCUGUGCCACUACUGCAAUGGCAAGAGCCCGCGGAUCAUGAUGAAGCAGAGCGUCUGCAGGAAGCUUUCUUGAAGCGUCCACCGACACAGCGUCCACCUCUCCCAGCUGAGUGGAGAGCCGGCAAAGAGACCGAUCAGGCAAAUCAUAAGGUUUUGGAGGCCAAGGAGUCCGGUUCUGAACCUGAUUCAGCCAAGCGACUCGAUCUCCAAACUCUUUCCCCCAGUGUCUUCACGCGUCAGCCCAUUAGUCGUCAUUCGUCCCUCGUUACAACGAGCUCCUGUGGUCCUCGUAGCAAGAAAUCACAACCUUCGUUUAGCGAAAUCAUCCGCAAAGCCGCGCUUGACCAAGACACGGAGGGCUCAUCACGAAAUAGUUUGCUCUCCGUCACUUCUAGCGGAUCUCGGCAGACUCAUUCGCCACAGGAGAGUCAAAGCAGUGUUUCUCCAGCGCCCCAGGACAGCAGCCCACUUCUGCCUACUGAAACGGCUCAACAUGGACAGAACUUUUCUGGCUCUGGUGCGACACCGCCGCGACAGCCUCAGCAGGGCCAGAGAGCUGGAACGCGCGCGGACGAGUGCUGCUUAGUGCGAAAAGCCCGCGGCUUUGCAAAGCGCCUCAGGAAGUGCGGCCGACGUCUGUGCCGGAUUAUGCGCAUUAUAGCUUGCGAAGCGGGCCACGCCUGUUGCUGUUGUUGUUGCUUCGAAUAUGUUGGUUCGGAUGCGAGUAAUAUGGACGACUCGGACGAAGAGGGGCUGUACCCGGGAGAUGCGGAUGGGAGUGAAACCUCGUCAGGGCUCGAACCAUAUGAAGAUGAAGAUGAUGUUCUAUCAGCGCUGUCGGGUCCGUUUGCUUCUGGCGCUCUCCCGAGCUCAGGCUCCCAAGCAGCGCCGGGGGAUGGAUCGUCUAAGCCGAUCUCCUCGGCUCCACAGGCGUCCCUGCCAAAGCCUUUCCAUACCCCUUCCGGUGUGCCGAAGCUCCGACGGCGAAGCAACGCAAUUAGCAUACAAAACGCCCGGCGUUCUGAUUCACUAAAUACGAGCGGCACGUCUCACGGCAAAGUCGAACCAACCAUCCCCAUUUCUGAGGCUGAAGCUCUUCAGCCUGGUGUGUCCCCCGCCCCUACAUCCCCACAAGGCACUGGCACCAAGUCGGACGGCCCCUCGGUCGACCAGAUGUGGGCAGGUAUGCAAUCUUUGGACGAUACGCUGCCCCUGAGGCUGAAGACUGCUGUCAAGAAACGGGUGGUGAAUGCUGUAGGGAGGGGGAAGCCAGAGGCACGCACGAAGCUGAGUUCAAUUCCGGAGGAAGAGAGCGUGAAGAGCAAUUCCGCGGCGGGCGGAGCUUCUGCGAGUGCAGGUGCUCCGAGUGAGGAGGAGGAAAGCGCAUCGAAGGACUCCGGAGAGACAUUUAUCGCGGUCGGAAGCUCGCAAGAUGGACAUCGGGGCUGGCGACGCGGUGUGCCGGACUUAGCUCACAGCUUGACGGACAGGAUGAAGGGGAAGAUGGCUAAGCGGUCAUAG